GUUGUCCCGCGGAGAACCGUUAACCCAACAGGAGAACCGACGCUUGUCUCCGGAACCGCGGCUCAUUCUCUGCUCCUCCUCCGGGUCACGCUGCUCGCUCCUCCCGGUUCUUUUCCUCCACGUUCCGAGAUGUUGCACCUCCGGUCCACGGUGGUGCUCAACGAGCUCUUCCAGACGCUCACAGGCGGAGUGAGAGUGGCACCUGCUGCCGCCGCCUGCCUCAGCAGCACCGGCGCUCCGGGAGGGAGGUCGCCGGGCGGAGGGAGGUCGUUCGCCGGGUUGGGAGCUCCGCAGCACCUCGCCAGGAAGCAGCACGGCGUCCGGGGCUUCUGCUCCAAGAGCGACGGCCAAGACGAAGCCGCCAAAGAGUCGUCAACGGAGAAGAGAAGGAAAGCCGGCAUCCUGCCCAGUCUGGAGGACCUGCUGUUCUACACCAUCGCUGAGGGCCAAGAGAAAAUCCCUGCACACAAAUUCACCACAGCUCUUAAAGCCACAGGGCUUCGCACCGGAGACCCCCGGCUGAAAGAAUGUAUGGAGAUGCUGAAGGUGACCUUGAAGCAAACGUCUGACGGAGCGCUCGACAGACACCUCUUCAAAAAAUGUGUCCAGAGCAACAUUGUUCUGCUCACCCAGGCCUUCAGGAAGAAGUUUGUCAUCCCAGACUUUCAGCCCUUCCGUGCGCACAUCGACGAGCUGUAUGAAAACGCCAAGAACAUGUCUGGAGGGCAGGUGGCGGACUACAUCCCCCAGCUGGCCCGCUUCAGUCCCGACCUGUGGGCCGCCGCCCUGUGCACCGUCGACGGACAGAGACACACCGUCGGCGACACCAAGGUUCCUUUCUGUCUGCAGUCCUGCGUCAAGCCGCUGAAAUACGCUAUCGCCGUCCACGACCACGGCACCGAGUACGUUCACCGCUUCAUCGGCAAAGAGCCCAGCGGCCUGCGAUUCAACAAGCUCUUCCUGAACGAGGAGGAUAAACCACACAACCCCAUGGUGAACGCCGGCGCCAUCGUCUGCACCUCCCUCAUUAAGCAAGGGGCCAGCAACGCAGAAAAGUUUGAUUAUGUCAUGGACUUCAUGAACAAGCUGGCAGGAAACGAGUACGUGGGCUUCAGCAACGCCACUUUCCAGUCGGAGCGCGAGUCUGGAGACAGAAACUUUGCCAUCGGCUACUACCUGAAGGAGAAGAAGUGUUUUCCAGAGGGCACAGACAUGACGUCCAUCCUGGACUUCUACUUCCAGUUGUGUUCCAUUGAGGUGACCUGUGAGAGCGCCAGUGUCAUGGCAGCGACUCUGGCCAACGGCGGCUUCUGUCCAAUCACAGGCGAGCGUGUGCUGAGCCCCGAGGCCGUGAGAAACACCCUGAGUCUGAUGCAUUCCUGCGGCAUGUACGACUUCUCGGGACAGUUUGCUUUCCACGUCGGGCUGCCGGCUAAAUCUGGCGUCGCCGGUGGGAUUCUGCUGGUUGUACCGAACGUGAUGGGCGUCAUGGUUUGGUCUCCUCCUCUGGACAAGCUGGGCAACAGUGUCAGAGGAAUCAAGUUCUGCACGGACCUGGUUUCUCUCUGUAACUUUCACAACUACGACAAUCUGAGGCACUUCGCCAAGAAACUGGAUCCUCGCAGGGAGGGGGGGGACCAGAGGGUGAAGUCGGUGAUCAACCUGCUGUUUGCUGCUUACACCGGAGACGUCUCCGCUCUGAGGAGGUUUGCGUUGUCCUCUAUGGACAUGGAGCAGAGGGACUAUGACUCCAGGACUGCUCUGCAUGUCGCGGCUGCUGAAGGACACACUGAGGUUGUGCGUUUCCUGCUGGAGGCCUGUAAAGUCAACACAAUUCCCAAAGACAGGUGGGGCAACACGCCGAUGGACGAGGCCAUCCACUUCGGCCACCACGACGUGGUGACCAUCCUGAAAGACCACCACAACAAGUACAGCCCCCAGGACACCCCCACGGACAAGCCCACAGACAAGACCACCGCAGAGCAGAACCUGGACGGGAUGCUCUGAUGGAACAGAAGCAGGAAGCUCAUGAACUCUGAAAGACAAAACUCCAGGUAGUCAGUUUGAUCUGAGGGGAAGAAGAUGUCACUCUGCACUUGAGACAACAUUCACAUCCUGGUAAACAGCCACAGUAGAAAACAUAAAACCAACCCAGAUAACUAAGUGUACGGAUCAAACCUAGAAGACGGCCUAACCGCUCCUCAUGUCCUUGGUAGAUGUUGUUUUUGUGUUAUAUUCAUGUCUGUAACACGAGCAGGGAAGUGUUUUUAUGGAGGAUGCUCCUUCUGUAUUUUGUUGUCAGCUUUGUAGCUUUGUAGGAAGAAACCGGCCACUAGUUGAAUGCUGGGUAAAUUUGGCAGUGGCUGGUCAGUGGAUGGACUCAGGUGUGAACAGACAGUGUGGGGCGCUGGUCACUUCAGCAUCACAACGUGGUGGAAUGUACCCCCCCCCCCCCAAACACUCUAGUGUGUGUGUUACGUGUGCGUGAUAUUUAUUUGUCUAUUUAAGAUGAACACUGUACAUUCAUGUUGUGUGUGUACAUUCCUGAGAGGAGAAGUGGGUGUAAAUACGUGAAUAGCUGUCAUUGUGUCUCACUGAAACUAAACUAAUUGUGUGACGUAGUUUUCACUAAAACUGUAAAAGCUGAGUAUUUAUUUUCUGUGAAUGUUGAACUGAAUAUUCUGCCGUUAAAGGUGAAUAUGAGUCUAAAGCUUUUCUUCAGUCAAAGUUUCUACAUAUCCACGUCGAUACUGCCGGCACUGCUUUCCUUCCAACUUCAGAAGAGUCGUAGAAGGUUCAAAUAUGAUUGUUACUCCUCUGAGGAAGUGACUUCAGUUCCUAUGAGCCUCGUAGGAGUUGAACCAACAACCCCAGUCUGGACAGACUGCUCCACACACGCCUGUCGGUGUGCGAGUCGGGUUCCACAGGUCGAACAGAGAACAUGGGUCGUGGUUGGAUUUUGUGCUUGUAGAAUAUUAAAAAAGUAUUAAAAGGACAAAUAUCAUUUGA